AUGGUGAGAUUCAGAGAUGCCUCGAAUGUCAUGCUGGACAAGACCUGGGGUCGACCGGAAAGAUUAUACCUCCUCAAGAUGUUCUAUGAAGAUUCCGAGACUGUAACAGCCGCAUGUGGAGUCGAUUUCUUUGAAAAGUAUGACGCCACUGCAUUGAAUACCACCUGUUGGUACUGCUCAAACAUCUUUCAACGGUCCAAGAUUCUUAAUGGGCCCAACGCGAUCACAGGGCCUUGGAAAGACCCUACGCAAGAGCUGGAGGAACAGUUGAUAAAAAGUCCACUGAAUAUGGCCAUUGAGUCAGUUGUGAAGAAAUUCAGUGAAGAUCCUUCUCCUGUUCAAAGCGGUGAUGUUGAAGACCCGGGAGAACCCUCGACUUCUGCCGCUGUAGAGCAAGAAGAAGAGCUUAUACAGGUCGAAGACUGGCUCCUUCAUUCGGAUUUGGAGAGUCUCAUGCUGUCGGCCGAAUCGAGAUGCCACUUUUGUACUCAAAUAAGCCUCUUGCUACAGCGGUCCGAUGUGCAAUCAUGGAACGGAGACAAUACGAAUAAAGAAUACCGGCUUCGAAUCGCAAAGAUACCUAAAGGAAACCUCAAGAUAUCUCUUUAUCGUGGCCCAUAUUGCACAGAUCCAUCUCCCAUUCCACAAUCGGCCAAAGUAUUACGCUGUCGGUCCGUCAUGGGCAGGCUUGAAGAACUAGGAGAUGAAGAGCCCGACUUAGCUCAUUGUUGCCUCAGCACCUCAUCCAUUGCUCAUGUUGCUCUGGCCAAUAACUGGCUGAACGAUUGUCGCCAGAGGCACAGGAACUGCGUCAGUAAGAACACUGACAAAAAGCCGUCGCGUCUGAUUUUUGUUGGCGGAGAUGGCGACAAGGUGAGCCUGUGGUUGAAUAGCGGUCAACCUAUGAAUUUUGAAUAUUGCGCUCUCAGUCACUGCUGGGGAGGCGUGACAGAUAUCCUAACCUUGCGCUCCACCACUAUGCAAGCUCUGGAGCAGGGUGUAUCCACAGCGGAUCUUCCCACAACAUUCAGGGAUGCGGUCACAAUUACUCGAAACUUGGGGUUCGCGUAUAUCUGGAUCGACUCGCUGUGCAUUAUUCAGGACUCUGAAGAAGAUUGGAUCAAGGAAGCAGAGGCAAUGUGCGACGUGUAUGAGAGUGCCGUUGUCACAAUCGCUGCAGCUGGAGCCAAAAACUCACACAGCGGUUGUUUUAUCAAACGUGAUCCACUACGGUACCUCCCAUGCCGAAUAGUCGCCAACGAGUUCGGGUGCGUGUAUGCCGACUAUGAGGAGGCCAAUUUUGGAUUCGCAGAGGUGACACGAGACUGCGCACAUGAGUACCGGGGUUGGGUGUUUCAGGAGAAAGUAUUGUCGAGAAGAGUGCUUUACUUCGGCCAGCGAGGCAUGUACUGGAGCUGCAGCCAAGGUCAAGCCACAGAGUUGAAUCCCAAGGGAUGGGCUUGGCAUCGUGAUAGGGAGGAUCCGCAAGGAGCCGCUGUUGCAAGGAUCUUCCAAUUCGAAGGUGAAUCCAUUGGGUUUGGGUGUCAACGUUCGGAAGACCGACAGGAGCACGUCAACCUCAAAGGGCUCCUAGAAUCUUUCAAUGAGCGCCCACGCACCGAAUUUGAGAUGAUUUUUCCGUCCAGAUGGUGCUCAAUGGUCCAUCACUACUCUCGCUUAGAUCUCACAAAGUCCGAGGAUAAGCUUCCCGCUCUUUCUGGAAUUGUACAAAGGAUUCAGCGGCACACAGGUUUUGAGUACCAUGCAGGCCUUUGGCGCGAGUGCCUUCCCGCAGGUCUACUCUGGUAUGUUCUGGGAGGUCAAAAACAGCGACUUACUUCCUACCGCGCACCUACUUGGUCGUGGGCCGCUGCCGAUGGAACCAUUGGUGAUUUCUUGGAUUCCGUCUUCUCUCCAACUCGAAGACAGAAGAGAUGCACAGAUGUAGUUAUGAGAGUUGUUGAAUUCAACACCAUUGAGACAAAAACCCAUCCUCUGGAUAAGAGUGGCACGGGCCGGGUGUUUGAUGGCACUCUGAAGAUAACUGGUCGUAUCAGGAAGGUUGAGUGUUUCAAAGAUAUGGAAGGGUCUGAUGCCAAACUGGGAAGAUGUCACAUCCUCACCUACGAGCAGGAAUGUGUCGGGACAUUCAUGCCAGAUAUAUCCUUCACCGAACGGCCUUCGGACGUGUACCUCGUGCCGUGCAUCAUUGUGUAUGGAAAAGAUCCAGAUGGAAAGCCAUUGUGUUUUGCGAACACUCUGUAUAAGAUCGUUAUAGGUGGUCUUGCUCUGGUGCCGAAGGACGAGCAUUUCGAAAGAAUCGGCAUCUUUGUGUCUCCGAAUGAGGCUGAAGACCCACCUGCAUUGGCCUGGCUCAGAAAUUGUGAGCGCAAGAGCAUAACGAUUAAAUGA